GGGAGACGCGGGCGGCGGCAGCCUCGCCGUGCGCCGCAGGUUCCCGCAGUGGAGGAGAGGGAGGUCCAGGAGGCCCCUGGCGGAGCCGCGGCUCCAGCGCUGCUGUGGGUUGCUUUCCAUAGGCUAUGAUGAUGUCAGACAUUGCUAAAGACAGAAUGGCUCAUUCUGUGAAGAAAAGGGGAAGUAUGUCUUCUCUAAGUGGUCGAGAAUUCUGGCAGAAAGAACUUCACAGGUGCACCAAAAACUCCAUGAGUACUGUGUCUUAUAUGGAUGAACCUAGCCAGCGGGAUGAUGCUUCUCGCCUUACAGUUCAGAUGGAAAACACCUAUCAACUAGGUCCUACCAAACAUUUUCCUGUGGUCAUUGUCAAUCACAUUUUGAAAGAUGUGUUAACUAAGUAUCUACAAGAAGAACAGUAUGAGCCAGAGCUCUGUAGACAGAUGACUAAAACAAUUUCUGAGGUUAUUAAAGCCCAGGUCAAGGACCUGAUGAUUCCACGGUAUAAGCUAAUUGUGAUUGUUCACAUUGGACAACUGAAUAGUCAGAACAUUUUUAUUGGAAGCAGAUGCCUCUGGGAUCCUAAAAGUGAUACCUUUUCAUCUUAUGUUUUCAGAAAUUCUUCUCUCUUUGCACUUGCAAGUGUCUAUGCUGUUUACUUUGAGUGA